CGUAUCAGCGCGUGUUCCUCACCGAAAGACCGGAAGCACAUGCUGGCGCGCUGCUGAUGUUGUUUUCAUCUGUGACAUGUAGCUAGACUGAUUUGUGUGUGUGUGUGUUUUUAUAAAUAUAACGUUUGAGUAAACAAACACAGAGAAUGGCAGCAACAGUGGCUACACCGGUCACCCCCGCGGAGCACGACCCUGACCGGUGUGGGAGUGAGGAGGAGAGCCGCGGAGCCGAGGCGGAGGAGGAGAGCAGCCAGCAGCAGACAGGCCCCGCCGCCACCGUGACCCACAGCCGGCUGUCCAAACUCCCGCUGGCCCGCAUCAAGGCGCUCAUGAAGACCGACCCAGACGUGUCCCUCGCCAGCCAGGAGUCUGUGUUCAUCAUCGCUAAAGCCACGGAGUUGUUCGUUGAGAUGAUUGCCAAAGAUGCACUGGUGUAUGCGCAGCAAGGGAAGAGGAAAACUUUGCAAAGAAAAGACUUGGACAAUGCAAUAGAAGCCAUAGAUGAAUUUGCAUUUCUUGAAGGCACACUAGAUUAAACACUGCUUCAGGAGACGACUGAACACUGAAAAACAGCAACUAUUCAAGAAACGUUUCUGUUACAGGGACACGAUUUGUUGUGAAAAUCUUUGUGGUACUUUUCUAAGUCAAACUGGAUAAACUUAAAAAAUUGGAUAUUUAUAAAUGCUUUUCUACAAUGUGCCAUUAAGAUUUUUCAUACUGAACUUAAAAGACGUCAGUGGUAAUGUGUACAUUUUUUUUGUAAAUAUUUGUGAAAUACUUCUGUACAAUGAAAUAAAUAAGUUUUAAACAACCA